GGCGUCUCGUUGAGAGUGACGCAAUUGUCGACCCUCGCUUAUAUAAGUGGCCGUGAAGGAUUCCAUUAUCGGCUCAGUUCGUCAGCUCCUCUUUUCUCGCACAGUCGUCUCAGACAUCGCCAAUUAUUCAGAGAUGACGACCACUAUCGCUCCGAUGGCUUACACCAGUCUAGCCCCUGCCGUGGCUUAUGGCGUCACCAAUGCUCCUUAUGUCGCUGGACCGAUGUACGCUCCUCAAAUGUCUGCUCCGAUCCCGCUGACUCCGAUCGUGAUGAUGCCGGAAAGUCUAAUGGUGGAGGAGACGAUCGGCGAGUCUGGGCUGACCAAGCUCGUGAAGAAAGCGAUCGCACUCCCACUGGCCAUCAUUCUGCCCAUCGUGAUCCCGCUGAUUGUCAUCAUCAAGUACCUAGUCACUGGUGGCAGUUUCUUCGGCAAGAAGGCCGUUUUCGGUGUACCGGGAGCAGCGGCUCCUGUCAUCAUCCAGCCGACGACGCCAUUUUUCACGACGCCUUUCCCGACCACCACGGCUGGACCCUACAACGGACCUCAAGGAUUCUAUGGCGGCCCUGGUGGAUCGGGAACUGGAACCUACGGUGGUGGACCUGUCAACGAUUCAAAUUGGAGCCAACAACAGAAACGUCGGGAAACUUCUUCUUCUUCCGGACUUCCGUCGAUGAGCGUGGCGCAAGUUGAGCGAUUGACUCAAAUUGUUUUCUCGGCUAUGCGCUCUGAGGAGUGCAUCCAGCGUUUACUCUGCGAAUUGGGUUCCAUGUCGAAGUCCUUUUCCGACACGGCCCAUUCCGUCGCUGUGGCUGUCGAGUCGUUUGUUCCGGAAUCGAUUAAAUCCUCGUACGACGUUUUCGCCAAAGCGGAAAAGUGCGACCAGUACGUCUGCGGAUCCCUUCAAGUCAAGAAAUGAUUCAAAUUAAUUUAAUCUGUCCCACUAUCUAAUACUCUUUAUGUGCAAAUUUUUAAAAAAAAAUACCCAAUUAUCAUUUGUAUAGUGCAGUCAAAAUUAAUUUUAAUUCAAUAUAUUAAUGCCGGCAUGA